CUCAUCGAACCUUUUCUCAUCCAUAAACCAAAAUUGAAGAUAAGGUGAUAAGCCUGCGUGGCAAAAAACCACAUCCUCCCUAUUACUAAAAUCACACUCUCUUCCACCACCACCCCCCCCCCCCCUCUCUCUCUCUCUCUCUCCCCUCCCUAAUCUCCACUUCAACCAUGGCUUCUCCAACGCUCAUCACUCCCACCACCACCAAACCAAACAUCAUAAAAUCCAAACUCACUGUUCCCACCACCACCACAUCACAUCCCCGCCGCCGCCACUUCCUAUCCCUCGCCGCGGCCGGCAUCCUCUCUCCGUCAUUCCUCCUCCCUGCCCCGCCGGCACAGGCCGCCGAGGACGAUGAGUACGUGAAGGACGCAGAAGAGGUGAUCAGCAAGAUCAGAAGCACCAUAAACAUGGACAAAACCGACCCCAACGUGCCGGCGGCCGUGGCAGAGCUGAGAGAGGCCUCCAACUCGUGGGUGGCAAAGUACAGGAAGGAGAAAGAGCUGCUGGGCCGGGCUUCCUUCCGGGAUAUCUACUCGGCCCUUAACGCCGUUUCCGGCCAUUACAUCAGUUUCGGCCCGACUGCGCCGCUCCCGGCGAAGAGGAAGGCUAGGAUACUACAAGAGAUGGAGACGGCUGAGAAGGCUCUAGUGAGAGGAAGAUAAAUUGGAGCUACUUUUUCAGUGGUAGCAAAUUUUUUAUAUUAGUAUAAUUUAAAUUAUUAUUGGGAAUUUUCUUUUUGUCAAGUUUAUUAACAAUGAGGUUUACAUUUUGGAUAUUUCAGGUAGAUAUAUAGAACUAAAUAUCGAUAUAGAUUGAAUAUUUUGUCA